AGGUCCCAAAGUGACGGGCAGACGCAAAGCAAGCAGCACUCGCUAGUAUCACAACUCGCUCUGCUGUCUCCAAUACUUUUCAGCACGUCCGCUGGAUGAGUUCAAUCUUCAAAAUGCCACCACUCAGAGCUUGAGUUGAGAAAGCAACGACUUGCCUUCUCUUCGAGCUGUUAAUCAGCGUCAUACGCAACAGAACAAUAAUGGUUCUGACUGCAUCUGUGGUCCUCGGGGUCGACUUCUUAACAGUUGUUAACGAGAAAGUUUCUUAACACUUAACUCUGGCAUUAUGGGCGUGCCGUGAACAGGUGUGGGAGCCAUACAACAACAAGAGGUUCGAGACUCUGUCCUAUUUGCCCCCAUUGUCCAUGGACGAUUUGGCGAAGCAGAUCGACUACGUCAUAAAGUCUGGCUGGGCUCCCUGUAUCGAGUUCGAUGAGAGUGACAGUGUCAACCGUGAGGGCAGCACCAUGCCCGGGUACUACGAUGGACGAUACUGGACCAUGUGGAAGUAGCCCAUGUUUGGGUGCACUGACCCCGCCCAAGUGUUGAGGGAAAUUGAGGAGUGCAAGAAGCUGUACGGUCACAAGUGCUACAUCAGGUUGUUUGGGAUUCGACAACAGAAGACAGGUGCAAUGCGCCAUGUUCAUCGUCAACAGGCCUCAGAAGGCUUGAGCUCCAUAAUGCACUUCACGUCUUCAGUAGCAAAAGUUCUGGUUCAAUCGUUUGUUCUAGUGAACUAUCCUGCGAACGUCAAAUGGACGGCUGUCGAAUGUAGAGUAAAAUGUCUAUGUCCCAUGAAGGAUUCACUCUUGAUCUGUGACUUCAUUCACAUCAAUAAAACAUAUGUCCAUGUUGUGGAGGA